AUGUCGCCCUCACCCCGGUCGCUUUUGGCCCCCUUGCUUCUGGCGACAUGCGUGUCCGCCGAGAGUGUCGCCAUCUCUCGAGCGGAAACCGCCCUCACCACGUUGCAGACAUGGUAUAACUCAUCCACCGGCAUGUGGAAUACCUGCGGGUGGUGGAACGGGGCCAAUUGCAUGACAGUGCUGGCGGACCUGGCCCUCGUCGACGACUCGGAGUCGGUCAACAACACUGUGAAAGAAGUAUUCGCAAACACCUUCAGUGUCGGGCCAGUGUCGAAUCCGUAUCCUGACCGGAAUAACGAUUCCUACUAUUCAUCCGCCGUCCAGAGCAAGCGUUCUGUAGACGCCACGCAAUGGCUCGAUGGGUCCUAUGAUGAUGAUGCAUGGUGGGGGCUGGCGUGGAUCGCCGCGUACGACGUCACAGGAAUUGAGGAUUACUUGGAUUUGGCAGCUGGAAUUUUCAAACAUCUGAGCCAAGCUUGGCCAUCGAAAUGUGGUAAUGGAGGAAUUGACUCCGAUUUUCAACAUAUUUACGUGAAUGCCAUUACGAACGAGCUUUUCUUCUCGCUCGCGGCACAUCUGGCCAACCGCGCCUCUGACCGCGAUUAUUAUGUCGACUGGGCUCGGCGCCAAUGGACGUGGUUUAAGGACAGCGGGAUGAUUAACGUAAACAACACCAUCAACGAUGGGUUAUCGAGCGAUUGCAAGAACAACGGGGGAACAAUAUGGUCUUAUAAUCAAGCAGUCGUUCUGGGAGGACUCGCCGAGCUUGACCGGGCAGUCUCCAACGAAUCAUACGUGGAUGCCGCAGCAAAGCUUGCCAAUGCCUCGAUCGCGUAUUUCGCGGACGACAACGACAUCAUUCAUGAGUCAUGUGAACCGGACAGCUGUGACAGCAACGAAACCCAAUUCAAGGGUAUCUUCAUCCGGAACUUGAAGCUCCUGCACUCUGUUGCCCCGAACGAUGUGUACGCGAAGGUAAUCAACGCGUCUGCCAACAGUAUCUGGCAGAACGAUCGCAAUGCGCAGAACCAGCUGGGUGUGGACUGGGCGGGCCCCGUCUCUCAGGUGGAUGCUUCGACACAUAGCUCUGCCAUGGAUGCGUUGGUUGCAGCGAUUGGGAUCUGA